AUGCCCAGCCCAGCCUAUCUCGCAUUUGGCAUCGAACUAGAGCUUUCCCUCGUCAGCUCGAAGAAGUUCUCAUCAUGGUCAUCCAUGGCCAAAGACAUCAGUCAUCGUCUGUCCAAAAAGGGAGUCUCUAAUCAGGUCACCGAGAACCCAGAUCAUGCCUAUCAGGUUUGGUCGAUCGUUCAAGAGAUCACGAUUCCGAGUCUGCCUGCCAAGAAUAAAUGGGGGGUUGAACUUGUUUCGCCCAUCUUCACACUGGACUCUUCUUGGCUCACAGAUCUGGAGGUCAUCUUCUCUGAGAUUCGUAAAGUCUACAAGAUCCAAACUUCAUCUCAGUGCAGCACGCACAUUCACGUGUCUCAGCUCGGCCACGACAUGUCACCCCAUCAGCUCGCAGCCCUAGCCCAAGCAGCUCUUGUCUACGAGCCAUGUCUCGACAUUCUAGUGCCCGGCGAAAGAUCAACAGCGUAUUGGUGUCGGGGCAACAGGCAAAACCCAUUCCUCGCCACCAUGCACUCUCUGUCGCAUUGUCUCGACCAACUCGAAGUAGCAUCAGCUCAAGAGGACGGAGUCGGCGCGAUUGUAGAGUCCAUGUGCCUCUUCCCAGCUUCGAGCCCGUAUGGACGCGCUCACGGCCUGAAAAAGGACUUCAUUCACGGCAAAGUCUACAAAUGGAACCUGGCUCGCCUGCUUUCUCCCGAUGCCGAAGCCCGGACGGUUGAGUACCGCCAACCAGCGGGGAGCACAUGCGCUGAGGAUGCGAUGGGCUGGGCUCUGUUGACCUUGUGCUUCAUUGUGGGUUCGUUCGAGUCUCGAAGCGGAUCGGCUUCAAGCCUGGACGAUGUCACACUGUGGGCUGAGUUCUGGGAGCAUCUCUGUCGUGGCGCCGACGCGCUGAACUUGGAUACCUUUAUGCUGGACUAUCUCCGGUCGUUCCUCGACAUGAGAGCUAAGAAGUAA